ACACACACACACACACACGAACCUGAUCAAACACUUGCCCGCCCUCUCCGCCCCAAGAUCUGGGAGGCAGACACUCACCCGCCAACCCCUGCCCCAGACGGUGCAGAUCCUGGCGGGGAGAGGAGCCCCGAGAGGCGAAUUCCAGCGGGUUUGUUUACACUGCUCGGGGUGCGGGGUGGCGAGCUGGAUACUGGGGCCUGACUGACUGGGAGACCCAGCCCAAACUGGGCCAGACCCAGUCGCCUAGUCUGGGACGCUGCACAAAAACCCCCUCCCCGCCUUCAGCCCCCAGCCCCCAGCCCCCAGACGUUGCUCUCCUGUGCAUGUUUCCCCUCCUCUUCACACGCUGUUCACAAACAUUAGCAUACGUACGUCAAAGUUUCACACGCUUCCCCACACGCGGCUGUGAUACUACUCACAAAUGCUUUCACACUUGCGCGCCAUCACACGUAUUUACAUAUGCCAGAUGCACAUGUGUGGUUACAGUUUGUCACCCUUCAGGCCCAGAUUCUCACAGUCCAUAUUCAAAGCCUGUUCGCACGGUACACACGUGUUAGCACACACUCACACACAGGUCAUUAGUGCCCUUUGGAGCCUUAGAAACAAGAGCGAACCCCCUCGCGGGCCCAGAAUCCCGAGUCUUCCUCCCUCUCACAGGCACUGACGGACAGAGGCACCCUAAGCCCCAGCCGCACACGUUACACACUUGAUCACACACAGGGUUGCACUUUAUUCCCGGCAUCUAGGCGAUGACACAACCUCCCAAACAAAGACAACAUUGACAAACCCAACAAAAACAAACAGCAGCGUGUGUGGGGAGGGGCAGCCGAGCGCAGAGUCCAGGAAGGGGGUGGGUAGGAGGAGAGUGUGGAAACGCGGGCGCCCGAGCCUGGGUGUGCAAGACUCGGGAAAGGUGCGGGACCUAUCAACAACCUCGCACCCUUCAAGAUCGGCGCACGGCGCCCGCCAGCCGGGUCCCGCACCCGCUGGUUAGCAGACCCGCACGUGGAGUUCGUUCCCUUCUCCCGCACGAGACUGGGCGGGGGACACAGACCCACCAGCCAGCACAGGCCCACAAAGCUGCACGCGGAUCCACGAGUGAGCAAACACACAGCGCUGAGCAGAUUUGUCGGCGCGCGCUUUGCUCCCCUCUCCUCCCCUCCCCCCUGCCCUCCCCUCCUCCACCUCCCCAGCCCCCAGGCCCAGGGCAGCCGCGCGCCGGGCGGGGCGGGGGCGGGGCGGGGUGUCGGGCGGCGCCGGCCCAAAAGGCGGAGUCGCGGCGCGGAGAGCCCAGAGCUGUGAGCACUGUGCCGAGCGCGCCGCGGAGAAAGGCUGCGGAAACCCAGACCCGGAGGAGACCCUCGUCCCCGCCCGGCCUGGCCCGGCCCCGCGCUAUGGAGUUCCUCUGGGCCCCUCUCUUGGGUCUGUGCUGCAGUCUGGCCGCUGCUGACCGCCACACCGUCUUCUGGAACAGUUCAAACCCCAACUUUCUCUACCUCUGCGCAUGCCCAGGUUUCGGAAUGAGGACUACACAGUACACGUGCAGUUAAAUGACUACCUGGACAUCAUCUGUCCUCAUUAUGAGGAUGAGUCUGUGGCAGACGCUGCCAUGGAGCGGUACACACUGUACCUGGUGGAGCGCGAGCAGUACCAACUGUGCCAACCCCAGUCCAAGGACCAGGUCCGCUGGCAGUGCAACCAGCCCAGUGCCAGGCAUGGCCCAGAGAAGCUGUCUGAGAAGUUCCAGCGCUUCACACCCUUUACCCUGGGCAAGGAGUUCAAAGAGGGACACAGCUACUACUACAUCUCCAAACCCAUCCACUACCAGGAAGACCAGUGCUUGAGGUUGAAGGUGAACGUCAAUGGCAAAAUCACUCACAGUCCUCAGGCCCAUGCCAAUGCACAGGAGAAGAGGCUUCCAGCAGGUAGGUGGCUGGAGCAAAUUGGGCCUGGGGCACAAAAGGGGGUCUGCUUGAAGAGGUUGGGUACAGGAGGUGGCUCUUUUGCCAGUCAGGGGCAGGGGAAACCUCGCUGGGCUGAGGGCCAGUGCCAAUAGGGGGGCCGCUCACCUUGGGGGCCUCUGCCCUCUUACCUUGCAGACGACCCAGAGGUGCAGGUUCUACAUAGCAUUGGUCACAGUGCCGCCCCCCGCCUCUUCCCACUCGCCUGGGCUGUGCUGCUCCUGCCAUUCCUGCUGCUGCAAACCCUAUGA